AUGCAACGAGCCUCUACCUCUUAUAGUACCAGUUCAAAACCCACCACUUCACGUAAGAAGAAACAAAAGAUAAAUUCUGGCUUAACAAUAGAACAACAAGAAGAAAUACGUGAAGCUUUUGAUUUAUUUGACACGGAAGGUAAAGGUAUUAUAGACAUAAAAGAACUUAAAGUAGCAAUAAGAGCUCUUGGGUUUGACCCUCCUAAAAAAGCGGAAUUAAAAAGUAUGGUAUCGAACAUUAAAAAUCAAUCUUCUGAAAGUGGAGAUAAUACUAUUGACUUUGAUAAUUUUAAUAAAAUGAUGACAGAUAAAAUGUCUGAAAGAAAUUUAAAUGAUGAAAUUAUAAAAGUAUUUCAAUCAUUUGAUGAUGAUCAUACUGGAAAAAUUUCUUUUAAAAAUCUUAAACGUGUUGCUAAGGAAUUGGGGGAAGAAAUAAGCGAUGAUCAUUUAAGAGAAAUGAUUGAAGAAGCUGAUCUUAAUGGUGAUGGUGAAGUUGAUGAAGAUGAAUUCAUGAAAUUGAUAAAAAAAACAAAUUUACAUAUUUAA